UAACAAAUAAUUUGAGUAGCUAAGACCGAUCUAAUCAUGGUCCGUAUGCACACCCCCGGGAAGGGUAUAGCCCAGUCUGCACUCCCUUACAAGCGCAGUGUCCCCACGUGGCAGAAACUGACAGCCGAUGAGGUGAAAGACACGAUCUACAAAUUGUCCAAGAAAGGUCUGACUCCCUCUCAAAUUGGUGUCAUUCUAAGGGAUUCUCAUGGCGUCAAUCAGAUCAAACAUUUAACCGGAACAAAGAUUCUGAGAAUUCUGAGAGCGAAAGGUUUGGCCAGCAAGAUCCCAGAGGAUCUGUACCAUCUGAUCAAGAAAGCAGUGGCUAUCAGGAAACAUCUGGAGAAGAACAGACAGGACAAAGACUCCAAGUACAGACUGAUUCUGAUCGAAAGCCGAGUUCACAAACUGGCCAGAUACUACAAAACCAAAUCAGUCCUCCCACCCAACUGGAGAUACGAAAGUGCCACCGCCUCAGCCCUUGUAGCAUAAUUUAUCUCUGAUCACUAAUCACUUCCUAUCAUUUUAACUAUUUGAAA